UGUUAUUUGGGGAUCCAUUUGGUUUUCCAUCAGAGGUACUGAAAGGAAGCGAUUCAGAGCUUAUAACACAGGCCUUAUCUAUGGAACCGCCGCAACAGUUCAGACAAUUCAAUUUCGAAAGAAAUAAAGAGACAACAAUCAAUCCCUACGCACAGCACCACAUGUCUCAAAGGGACUCGGAUUUUGUGGCCAGAAUUUUACACUUGAUGUCAUUGACGCCACUGUCAUAUUCAUUGAUCGUAAUGUGGGACGAAUGCAUUUACGCCAUACGAGAUCCGUUUGGCAAUCGUCCCCUUUGUAUGGGGGCUUUAGUGUCGUCGCCAUCACAGGCCCACUCGUCAACCCUUCCCACACACGUUGACGGAUGGGUCGUGUCGUCCGAGUCGUGUUCCUUCCCAUCGGUUUGCGCCAAACUCUAUAGGGAUGUAAUGCCCGGAGAGAUCAUUAAACUCGAGAAGAAUCGCAAACCCAAGACAUUGGCUAUAGUUCCUCGACCUGAA